AUGAGCGUGGCUUCCUUGACAAGCUUACUGGAAACGACCAUCGUAAUAGGAUAUCGCUUCGUUGACCAGAACCAAGCUUUAUCCGAGUAUAAUCGUUUCAGAACUGUUCGAGCUAUCCUAGCCACAGACGAAGAGAAAGAGCUUUUGGAGGGAGUAUAUCUCACAUCUUCACUGGACCUGCGUCCAGACAGCUUGCCAAGCAAUUACUGGGAGUGCAAGAUGACAGCAAAUGAUAAAUUGCUUUCGAAGCGGCCGAUGGCCUCCAAUAGCAUGCCCUUGUCACGUAGUAUCUAUCAAUGUUUAUGGUACGAGUAA